AUGACGGGAGGAGGAGUCAUGGUGUCAUCGAGGGAUCCUAGGUUCAAGCUUACAACGAGACUACAAAACUGCGUUUGCGUUCUCACACAUACCCAGAAGUCGUCCUACCACACCGCAGGUUUCAGUGUUGCAAAAGAAGGGACAAAUACGACUGCUGUCAGCAUCACUCUCACUGUCAAAGCAGCAAUAACGGCAAGGACAAAGCAGAAACGCAUUGUUUGUAAGGAUGUGGUAUGGGAUCAGAUAAUUCUGAAGGGCACGUCCAACCGUAACGUAGUUCGCGACGUGACUAGGCCUGGUCAAUUCUACGGUGGUGGCCAAAUCAGGCAAGGUUUAGGGUCCACGGUCACAGCCAAACACAAACUAAUGUGCCAGGUUGCCUUACUCACACUGGCCAGUCUUGCACCCCACACACUCUGUCACAAAUCGCGAGCACUGGUCGAGCCACCGCUGCACAGCGACAUCAUCUAUCUCUUUCUCCUCCGCCACACGAGGGUGUAUGGCGAUCCUGGAAGAAUGCGCCGGCUGAGAGACCAGAUCAUACCUGCUAUGAAUGUGCACCUUCGCUGUCUGACAUCUAGCAGUUGUCCAAAGGCAGUGGUAACUUGA